UAGGCCGUCGCGACGCUUUCAGUGGACGGACGAGGUGCAACUCGAGCAUUUCGGACAGUGAUUGAUUGGCUGGAAAGACAUGUGCGCAUAUUUCCAUUCAACUGGACACAGCAUUGUUCCCGAACACCCAAUUGACUCCCAUCCAACAAUUAUGCACUCUAUUUACUAUUGUUUUACUGUCAACUGCACAUGCAGCAUCCACUUUACGCAGUAAGAAAUGGUCCAUUGGGUUAUCUGCUGUCCCAAAUGGGAAGGAUCAAGAGCGAGAGGGUGCACAAGGAGCGCGUAGUGUAUAGGACGCAGGCGACGAAGCCGAGGAUCACCAGGAAGUCGCAUCCCGAUACCAGGGUUUCCGGCAGGAAGAGACCGUCCAACGGUGGCGGCGGACACGGUGGCAUGGACCUGCUACGCGGCGUCUACACUUUAGCCCAAACAAACCACGUGACAAUCGAUUCGGCAAUUUUACGUCUUCAUAGCAACGCUACUGUAAUUCUUCUUGUAACUUUUUCAAUUGCGGUAACCACUCGGCAAUAUGUCGGAAAUCCCAUCGAUUGCAUUCACACUAGAGAUAUUCCCGAAGACGUAUUGAAUACAUUCUGUUGGAUUCACUCAACUUAUACAGUUUUGGACGAAUUUAAAAAAAUUUCUAGUGACAAUACUUAUCCGGGUGUGGAAAAUACUGGGAAUCAUCCGACGAAGCAAGUCAAAUAUUACCAGUGGGUGGCUUUCACACUAUUUUUUCAGGCAAUACUAUUCUACACGCCCAGAUGGCUGUGGAAGUCGUGGGAGGGAGGGAAAAUCCACGCGUUGAUGAUGGAUUUGGACAUCGGCAUCUGCUCGGACAUCGAGAAGAAGCAGAAGAAGAAGCUGAUGAUCGACUACCUGUGGGAGAAUCUCAGAUACCACAAUUGGUGGGCGUACAAAUAUUAUAUUUGCGAAGUCUUGGCCUUAAUCAAUGUUGUUGGCCAGAUGUUCCUGAUGAACCGCUUCUUCGACGGCGCCUUCCUGAUGUUCGGCUUCGAGGUGAUCGCGUUCAUGAACAGCGACGAGGAGAACCGCGAGGAUCCGAUGAUACAGAUCUUUCCGCGGAUGACCAAGUGCACGUUCCACAAGUACGGCGUGUCCGGCGACUGGGAACGGCACGACUGCCUGUGCAUAUUGCCGCUGAACGUGGUGAACGAGAAGAUUUACGUGUUCCUGUGGUUCUGGUUCAUCAUACUGGCCGUGCUGACGUUUUUCACGGUGAUCUACCGCAUCGUGAUAAUAUUCUCGCCGCGGAUGAGAGUGUACUUGCUGAGGAUGAGGUACAGACUGGUCAGGAAGGAUGCGAUCGAUCUGUUGGUGAGACGGAGCAAGAUGGGUGACUGGUUUCUGUUUUACAUGUUGGGUGAGAACGUGGACUCCGUCAUAUUUCGCGAUGUGAUGCAGGAACUGGCCAAUAAAUUGAACCGGCACAAUUUUCAUCACGUGCCCGGUUUCAAAGGUGAAAUACAGGAGGCCUAGUUUAUGCACGUGCCUUCUUUCUAACCGAUUAUACUGCCCAAAGACAGGGAUGUACGCCAAUAAUACUCCGUAAUUGUAUUCUAGUCCGGCGACUCGAUACAGAAAUUGUUAAUAUUCAAGCAAAAUGCAUUCAACCAAAUGGACGAUAAACAAUAGGACAAUAAUAACAGUUUCUUGUAUCCCAACCUACAUUUACGUAUUUGUAAUAACAAAAGACUUGGAAGAGUGUGACUUCAUAAAAACGUGUUUAAUAAGGUUUUAAUUCAUAGGCCAUUCCAGCGAGAUGUUUGAAAUAAUAAUAACUAUGAAAUUGAGUAAAUCCGAACGUUCCAUUGUACUUAAUUUUAUGAAGGUCAGUAUUCUUCAAUUUAUAUUUUUUAUUUAUUGAUGUAUUUAUUAUUCGUUUAUUUAUUAUUAUUUAUUUUUGUAAUGAGUACAUCCCUUCCUUAGAUAAAGUUUUUGUUUAUGUUUGUAAUAUCAAUUGUUAUAGGUUACUAUUGUAUCUUUUUGUAUUUUAUAAAAUCUUUAAUAAAGGUUUUUUCAUAUUGUUA